CUUCAACUUAUCGCUCCUCUACUACUACAUGGAUUCUAUUCGAUCAAUCCAUUUCAAUAUUCCAACGUCUUAGAGGACAAUGCUUAGAUCUACUGAUUAAGCAAUCAGUAUAACGAUCACGAUGUUGAGGCUAAUUCUUCGCCCUGGUAAGGCUAGAAUGAAACCCUGCGACUCCUCAUCGGUGCCUAGAUGAUGGUCAUCUCCAACUCGUGCAACGGAAAGAUGCAUAUCGCCGACUACGUAUUGGAUGGCCAUGACCAAUCGUCUUAAUCGUUUGAGCAGGCUUAUCUUGCUGCCUAAAAAGUGAAGUAUAUGAUACUUUAUGCCUUGUAGAAACCCCUCAGACCGGAUAUCAGUCAAUUCACAUCCUCAAUCGCCUCAAGGUAAACACAAUGUAUCGCGGAAGGGCCUCAAGUUACUCUCAAGGCCAAGGCCAAGGCCGAGGUCGAGGCCGAGGACGCGGUAAUGCACUACGGUCAAGUAACUGGCGAGGACGAAGCACGAUCGAGCAUGAGGGAAAUGCGCAAAAGGGAGAUGCAGCCGACUCCCCUCUCGGUCGUCUUAUUACGAAUAUAACAUUGCGUAAUAUUUCGAACCACGGUAUUCAAACGGAGGACGCAAGAAUCACCGAUUGCAAAUAUGUUGCAUCCUACUCUCUAGUUGAUUCUAGUUCGCCUAGAAUCAUCAUUCCAGGUCAACCAGCACUAUGGGAGCCACCACAGUUGCCCUGUCAACUUCAAAAGGACUCUGGCGAGUAUUUUCGGGAUCAGAACGGAGCGCGGUUCCCUGAGCAUCCUAUGCAACCCUCUGUGCAGUCUAUUUUUGCUCUGAACAAAUCAUUCGACUCGGAAAAUGUCGAUAUCAUGGGCUGUGCCAGCUCCUUGGGAAACAUUCUCCGCUUUGUCCGAUCGGUUGACUCGACAUUUCGGUUUGAUGUUGAGAUGGUUGGAAAUACGUUAUUUCUAGUUAAUAACCAGCGGGACGAGGUCAUACAAGGUGUUCACGGAAAUGGCAUGACGUUCCUUGAGAAGUUCACUACUUACCAAGCCGAGUUGAAAGAGACCAAGUCCCACCAACGUAUAAUCUCCUAUUCUUUCGGUGGUUUGAAAUGCCUUGUUCGCUUUGAGUGCGACGGGCACUUGAGCAAUACCGGGGAUGCAUCUACUGAACGAGAUAGCCUACGGACCUUGAACAUCUCCAAAACCCCGGUAUCUAGUUCGAUCACUGUCAAAGAAGCUGGGUUGGCCGUAUCACAGCACUCAAUCAUUGAGAUCAAAACGAGGUCUCAGUUGAAGGGACAAGAAAUUGAAAUGAAUGAGCACUGGCCGAGGCUAUGGGUCAGGCAGAUUCCCAAUUUUAUCGUUGGAUAUCACAUCAAAGGCAACUUCGAAGACGUCCAGAACAAGAAUGUUCAACCAGACAUAGAUGAAUGGGAAUCUGCCCAUGAGUCCGAGCUCCGUAAAUUUGCUUCGAUCCUGCAGCAAUUGAUUGUUGAGGUCAAACGGGCAGGUAAUUUCAAACUUGAGCUUUGCCGAACCGGCCUCGGGCCCCUAGAAUUGAGGGAACAGAUUGGAACGCCUCGGGAAGUACUUCCCAAUGAUUGGAAGAACCUGUGGAUCAGGGGUGGUAAGGACAUAGGCAGAGAUGGUGAGUCACGUUUGAGCGAUGAUGAUGACCAAAGUUAUCCCAGCUUUUCAUCACGAAAUGAUGGGUCUAGCGAAUCGGAGGGUUCUGAGGAGGAAGAUAAUUUCUCAGUAGACUACACGGCGUGCGGCCUCGACUGCGGUUACUGUGGUCAUUGUGAGUAUUAGUUUGUGCUGGCAUCAAGUAACACCAAGGAAUCCCGUUUGCGCUCGUCUGCCUGCAUGAGAUAACAUAGCCUGCAUCUAUAUCACACCUAUUCGUCGGCGAGUUACUUAAGUACCGCUACAUUGACACCUGUAGAGCCAAGACCUACAUAUGCACCUGUAUCUAUCAGUACAUCUCAGCCACCAACGUACCUAGAUACUUUGUCC